UGAAAAUUAUUAUUCCGCUCCGCGAGGAUAUCAUCUCGUCCCUCCUGCUCCUCUUCCUCCUCUUCCUCUUCCAGUGGACAUUUCUUCAUAAAAAGUUCGCCCGCGCUGCUGUUGCGUUGACUCAAAGUUCGUAGAAUAAAACAACGGCGACGCGCGUCCGGAGCCGAUGGACGCGGCGGCCGCGCGGUCAGUGCGCGGCGAACCGUGAGCGGCACCGCCGGGCGCGCCUCGCUCCAGAUCCGGCUCCUUCUUUUGAUUACGGCGCACCGGGAAGGAGGGCUGUUGGAGGAGGAGGAGGUGGUGGAGGAGGAGUAACCGGACAACACCGGGACUGGGACCGGGAAUGGAAAUUACAAAACGGCUCUGGAAUUAAUGUCGGAAUGAAACCGGCGACGCGCUGACGGUCGAGCGGCAGGAAGAGAGAGAAAGAAAAAGAAAGAAAGAGAGAAAGAAGGAGACAUGGCCUUGGAUCCCGUUGUGCAGCCGAGUCCCUGCAGCCUCUUCUCUCCGAACAUCAGGAGGUUGUGACGAUGGCGAUGCGUUCGGAGCCCCGGGCCCUGCAGAGGUUUGAAGAUGGAGUCCUGACCUCAGGUGGCUCUUCCACAUCAUAAUCCGCACCCCCGUUCACCGUGGUUCCGCUUCCGUCGGCGUGGAGGCUGUGAACGGCGGUGCCGAAGCCCGCAAGGGAAGAACCUAUGGCAGAGAGGCAGCACGGCGCUGGUUCCCGUGCAUGACUCCACCAUGGAGCACAUCAUCUACUGCCUGCUGGUCCUGGGCACCACGGUGAUGACCGCCUCCGCAUGUCCCAAGUACUGCGUCUGCCAGAAUCUGUCCGAAUCCCUCGGCACCCUGUGUCCCGCCAAAGGCCUCCUCUUCGUGCCCGUGGACAUCGACCGCAGCACGGUGGAGCUCCGGCUGGGCGGCAACUACAUCCUCCGCAUCACGCAGCAGGACUUCGCCAACAUGACGGACCUGGUGGACUUGACCCUGUCCAGGAACACCAUCAGCUACAUCCAGCCCUUCUCAUUCGGCGACCUGGAAACGCUGCGCUCGCUCCACCUGGACAACAACCGGCUGAUGGAGCUCGGCCCCGACGACCUGCGAGGCCUGGUCAACCUGCAGCACCUCAUCGUCAACAACAACCAGCUCGGACGCAUCCACGACAAGGCCUUCGAGGACUUGGCGCCCUCCUUGGAGGACGUAGAUCUCUCCUACAACAACCUGAUAUCCCUGCCCUGGCACUCCGUCCGCCAGAUGGUGAAUCUGCACCAGCUCAGUCUGGACCACAACCUGUUGGACUUCAUUCCGGAGGGCACCUUCGUUGACCUGGAUAGGCUGGCGAGAUUGGACCUGACCUCCAACCGCUUGCAGAAGCUACCCCCGGAUCCCAUCUUCGCCCGCGCCCAGGACUCGAUGAUGCUGACCACGCCCGACGCGCCCCAGCUGUCCCUGAGCCUCGGCGGGAACCCGUUGCACUGCAAUUGCGAGAUGCUGUGGCUGAGGAGGCUCGAGCGGGACGACGACCUGGAGACCUGCGCCUCUCCGUCCGCCCUGAAGGGUCGAUACUUCUGGAGCGUGGACGAGGACGAGUUCUUGUGUCAGCCGCCUCUGAUCACCCAGCACACCCACAGGAUGCUGGUCCUGGAGGGCCAGACGGCGGGCCUCAGGUGCGAAGCGACCGGAGACCCUCUGCCCACCAUCCACUGGAUCUCCCCCGAGGAUCAGCUGCUGGGCAACACCUCCCGGACCACGGUGUACCGCAACGGAACGCUGAGCAUCACCAUCACCACGUCCAAGGACUACGGCACCUUCACCUGCAUCGCCGCCAACGUGGCCGGGGAGUCCACCGCUUCCGUGGAGGUGUCCAUCGUCCAGCUGCCGCACCUCAGCAACGGCACCGGGCAGCAGCAGCCGGCGGCGCCUCCGAAGUCCCGCCUCUCCGACAUCACGGGGACCACCAGGACUGGCAAAGGCCAAUCCAAGAGCCAACCGGAGAGGGUCGUGACCGCCUCCGAGGUGACGGCCGUUUCGGCCCUGGUCAAGUGGACGGUGAGCAAGUCCUCGCCCAAGGUGAAGAUGUACCAGCUCCAGUACAACUGCUCCGAUGACGAGGUUCUGAUCUACAGGAUGAUCCCGGCCUCCAGUAAAGCCUUCCUGGUGACCAACCUGGUGCCGGGCACCCGCUACGACCUGUGCGUGCUCGCCGCCUGGGACGACACGGCCACCACGCUCACCGCCACCAACGUGGUGGGCUGCACCCACUUCUUCACCCAGGACGACUACCCACAGUGCCGCUCUCUGCCCAGCCAGCUGCUGGGGGGCACCAUGAUCCUGGUGGUGGGGGGCAUCAUCGUGGCCACGCUGCUCGUCUUCAUCGUCAUCCUCAUGCUGCGCUACAAGACCGCCGACGGCGAGCCCCCGGCCCCGGCGGCGGGCAAGCCGACCACCGUCAGCGACACUCACUCGCAGACCAACGGCGGGCGAGUCGGGCAGAACGGAGUCCUCGCGCCCCCCGCGUCUCAGCCGGGGUCGAAGGUCAAGGCCAAAGUGGCCCUGAAAGACGAGGUGGUGGAGUUCGGGUGCGGCUCCCUCCAGAGCAGCCUCGCCUCCUCGUCGUCGGGCUCCACGGCGGCGGGGGGGGAGCCGGGCGGCGGCGGCCCGUACAGCCCCAACAGCACGCUCGCAAACAUUUGGAGGUCGGCUCCUUCUAAGCACCGGUCCAACCUGGACCACCUGCUGGGGGCCUUCACCUCGCUGGAGCUGCGGGGGGGCGACCCGGCGGCGGCGGCGGCUACGGCGGCGGCGGGAGGGAAGCCCCGCACGGACCGGGAGCCGCUGCUCGGCCGGACGCUGGACUCCAGCCUCAGCCGGCUCCUGAUGCUCCCGCUGGACUCCAAGCCGAGGCGGAGCCAGUCCUUCGACAUGGGGGACGCCACGGGCGCCGGCGCCGCCCAGCCGGGCGGCAGGUCGCGACGGAUCAGCAGCAUCUGGACUCGGAGGAGCCUGUCCGUGAGCGGCAUGCUGCUGCAGUGCGAGGAGGAGGAGGUGGGGGAGGGGGGCACGGGGGGGAGCAAGGCCACGAUAGACAGCGCCGACUGGGUGAUGGAGAGCACCGUCUAGGGGAGGCGGAGUCAAACGCGAACCAGGCGGACGCGCCGAGACGGACGCGCUGGUCGUCCUGCAUGAAGCACACGCUCAUUCUCAUUAUCAUGGCCGGAAACAUUCUGGAAUGAGACCGUGUGACCGUGGACGAUGCUGUUAAACUGCAUACAUUUUAAAGUAUGUAAUGAAAUUAAAGUUUUUAUAUUUUUUAUUUUGCUGGUCAAACGAAUCAAACAAAUGAUCCCUUACUGGUCUCUGCCUUGACACAAAGACUAGUGGUUACACUAUAAAAUAUUUAAAUUCAUCCUCAUGUCAGUUAUCUACUA